CCCUUCAGAAUUACCUGAUUCCACACACGAGUCGCAAACAAUGCGUUUCUCCUCUGAAACUGUCCUCGCAAUCAUUGCUGCCUUAGUACCGUCAAUCUCUGCCAUGCCAGCUACUGGUGUUGCAGCUAGCCCUUUCAACCCUCAAUGUUACAGAGCUUGCUGGUAUCACACUGAUUGCAGUAAGCACGCAACUGAAGACUGCCCAUGGGUGAGAUGCGUGAGUAUCAGCAUUUUUCUGGACCUGAUAACAUGACUCACCUGCAUGGCAGAGCAAAUUGUGGUACUGCAUCCAUGAUUCCGUGAGUCAUAUUUUUGCCUUCACAAUGCUACUAUGGCCGUCGACUGACGCGCAAGUUACUAGUGAUUUUUAGUCAUGAUCGACACACAUAAGGAAAAAAAAAUCGGACCAUGCUUAC